AUGGCGGUUCGCCGUUCUGCGCGCCUUCGUCGCGCCCAGGGAUCUUCGGAGGUUGAAGAAUUUACUCCUCAGCCAGUCGCAGCUUCCACACUGCCCUCUGUUGCCGAAAGCGAGGAGACUCACGACUCCGAUAUCCCACACGUCCAGACCCCCCUUGCGAAAACCCCUCAAAAAGGCUCCCACGUGUCUGCUCAGCACAAGGCUGCCAGCAUGAAGACGCCCACUAGUGUGACUGCACCUCGUCCAUCUCGUGAAGAAAUGCAUCCUAGCAAGACACACCAGAGCACAACCAAACGCGCGGACUCAGGCCUCCUCCUUGGAUUCAAUCCCAUCAAGAAAGAUGCCGAUGGCAAUGUUAUCAAGCAAACCUUCGGUGACAAUACUCCGACAAAAUCCAAGCCAUCUCCUGCGAUGAGCCACUUUGGAACCCCAGGAUUCGAAUACAAGUUCCAGUCCCAAGAGACUGAGCUAAGCGAGGGGGCUAAACUACUUAUGGAAAGUGUCCGGGGCGAUGUUGCUCGAAUCAAGGCUCAGAUGGUCCAGCAGAAGUCAAAGCAAGAAGAUGAAGAUGAAAAGGCUGCGGAAGUCCAUGGAGGCCGGAAGAUCGCCAUGCCGAAGGGCAAAGCCAACCGCUUCAACGACAUUCACAUGGCUGAGUUCAAAAAGAUGGACUCCAUUGCCGGGCACGCUUCAUCUUUCCGCGCUACUCCUGGUCGAUUCCAGCCUGUGACCAAGUCUCUUAAGCGGACUAAGUCAAAGGCGCAGCUUGACGAACCAGAGAACCAGAAGUCAUCGCCCUCUCGUUCUGCCGCUCAAAGCUCAAGCCUAUCUACGCCCACAGCUGCUAGCAAUGCCAAGCGCGUCAAGCACAACCCAACUGAGGACAUAUCUACUCGCCGUGAACCCCAGAAGGAUCAGCCACAGAAGAUUGAAACCCCUCGCCGACCCGCGGGCCCUCGUCCUCGGCCUCGCACGAGCGUCCGAAGCUCCCUCAUGACCCCAACCCACGCUUCCCUCUCUCGUGGGGCCUCCGCCAGCGUCAAGGCCCCAAGGACCUCGUUGAUUCCAUCUUUGAAAUUCUCUCCGGCCAAAACGAUUGCCUCCCCUCGAACUCCUCGCACUGAUUUCAACCCACGGAUCAAGAGCAAGCUGCCUACGCUUGGUAACCUGAGAUCCAUUCUUCGUCGGCGCCAGCCGCUCUUUUCCCGCGACCCAGCGAAGAUUGCAUCUGGAACUCACGUUGCGGCUCCUGACUUCAAUCCUAAUUCGAUUUUUGGAGGAGCUGCUGAUAUGAGUGACUCUGCUCCAACGCCUUCGCCAAAGAAGCACGUUGAAUUUACUCCGAGUGUCAAGUCUCGCCAUGAACUUGCUAUCGCCUCGCCUUCUCCUUCCAAGGCCCCUUCUUCUCAGCGUCGUUCUACAGCCGGGGAUGUGGUCUAUCCAACUCUUCCAACCCUGACUCCGGAGAAGAAGUCGCUUGCUCCAACUUCUACUACUCCUACUUCCGAAUUGAAAUCCAUCCGCCAUGUUCGGAACUCAGAUGCUGGCGAGCAGGUCGCUCCAUAUCCCGAGCUUCCCGUGGUUACGCAUGGCAUCGCUCAUGGCAUUGGUAACAAAAAGAGGCACCGUGAUCAAGUGAAUGACGAGGAUGCCCCAAGCACUGAAAACAGUGAGAAUGUGCCGCCUACCGAUGCGCAGUCCGAUGAGCGCAGCACCAAGAGAUUCAAGUCCAACCCGCCUACUCCGAGCCCGACGAAGAAACGUCUCAUCAAGACUCCCGUGCGUCCUUCUUCGGGCAAAGUGGGCACCCCCGCAAGCAGGCAGAAAAGCCGCAGUGUUCUCAGCAUGAGCCGUCUCAAUAUGCUUUCAAAGCCAAAGGGCCAGGCCUAA